AUGCUCCAGUUCCUACUUGGAUUUACUUUUAGUACCAUGGUGGGAAUGUAUCUGGCUCAGAACUAUGACAUACCAGACCUGGCUAAAAAACUUGAAGAAAAAAAGGACUUGGAUGCCAAGAAGAAACCCCCUAGUUCAUGGAGCAGACUCCAGCACUACCUUCUGGAUAUUCCGAUUCUGCUGUUCUUGAGGGCCUCCUUACCAUCUGAACCAAAAUUCCAGCCUCAGUGA